CAAGCGACUUUGCUCUCAAAAGUGGCAACAUAUGUAGUCAGGUUAAUCACAGUGACAUGCGGUGAUUUCAUGACUGAUGAAUCCGUUGCAGGAUGGAGUGAAUAAACCACUUCAGAUUUUACAAUGUUAUCUUGUGAUUUUCAUCUAGAUAUGCUUUCGUUGGAGGACACAAACCCAGCAAAAUCAUGCGCUUUGUCGACAAGAUCACCAGGUCCAAAUACUUCCAGAAAGCCACGGAAACAGAGUUCAUCAAAAAGAAGAUGGAGGAGGUAUCCAACACCCCCCUCCUUCUAACGGUGGAGUUGCAAAAACUGCAAGGCACUCUUGCUGUCAAUAUACCUCCCCCGCCCACUGACAGGAUAUGGUAUGGCUUUAGGAAGCCCCCGCACUUGGAAUUGAAGGCACGACCUAAACUGGGAGAAAGAGAAGUGACUCUGGCUCAUGUUACUGACUGGAUCGAGAAAAAACUGGAGCAGGAGCUUCAGGUACUCAUGCGCCGUUUAUUGCAUAGCAUUUAGAUUCCAAGUCACUCAAUCUUAGAAAGACAAACAUCUCUAUGUGUUCAAUUAAUGAUGUCGUGCUGAUCAGUAGUUCAAUUUUAUGCACCAUUUAAAAAUUUAGUCGCAGUUUUAAUCCUGUUUCAAUCACGCUUGUUUUUGUUUGAUGACAGUUAGUCAACCUCGUCCCAUUUUUUAUUUAGUCAAGUUUUACUCGACUAUAAGUUGAACAUUUUUAUCUUUAUUUUACUCC